CCUGUGAGUACUUGCUGUACCCCUUGAAUGAACUCAAGAGAAAAGCUCCUUCCCCCGGGAGCCGGAAGGAAACUGGGCAGCAGAAAGGAAAGUUAUUCGCUUUAACACUGCCUCAAACUAUUGCAGGCAGCGAAUCAAUUGGAGUCUCACGCCAGAGAAAGCCGUCAUUAAAAGGUAAAGAAGAAACUCCUCUCUCGGAGGAGAUGUACAGGGGAAGGCAGCAACAAGUGCCGGCCCUUGGGCGCCCCGGGGAGCUGGCACCGGCUCCGGCUCAGCCCGCGGUGGCUCCGCGCCCUCCCUCUUUGGCACACAUGUAACACGAAACUUCGCAUCUCCAGGACAACCGGCAACAAGGAAAAAAAAAAGGAAGGCAGAGACAACAGCUGGCUGUCAGCAGCGGAGCAGAGAGGAGCCGAGCGAGCAGCGAGCCGGGAUGAAGGGAGAGAUGACGUGAAAGUUUCAGAGGACGGAAAGAAAAACAAGAGGAGAAGAGGAGCUGGCGGUCGGGCAUAAAGCCUGGAGAGGUUGUGACAGAAUGUCUUCUGAAGGCUUUUUGAAGGAACUUCAAGACAUUGCUGAGAAGUUUCUUGCUAAGCUCCAGAAACUGCCCAAGGCUGAGCCAGUGGAGAUUAUCAGCUUUUCUGUGGUUCUUCUGUUUAUUGUCACUGUGCUGGUGCUGAUGAUCAUUGCCUGCAGUUGCUGCUGCUACAGCUGCUGUGGCUGCGAUGGACGCCCUGAGCCCAGGCACAGCAAGAGCCGGGUCCGCCCCGCUGCCCAUCCAUGAGGUGACACAGCCUGCUCUCCAGGACAUGCAUGGACACCAUGAUUCAGUGCUCUGGGAAUGACUUUCCACACUAGCCCACUGGAAAUGGCAAUAACAAUAUUAAUUAACAUGACUCAAAGGACCAGAAAUCACAGCGUGGAGUUCCUUCUCUCUGUGACUGCCACUACUGUGACCAGAAGGGUGAAGCUCCUUUACCAUCGCUGUCUCCACCUUCUGGGCCGGGAUGGGGUGGGAGGGCAUGGACACAGAUUGCUGAGAAAAGAGACAGCUUUCCCAAAGACAGCCCUGCAGCUGGGCCAGCUGAGGAUCCCCUCGGGGACAUGGAGCCACAGAGCAAAGCAGAGGCCAAGCACACAGCCACACGUGAGGCACUGCCUGCUGUCCUCACCACAAGGGUGGUACUGGGCAUUAGAAAACCCCACUGGCGCCACUGGGAGGUACAACUGCUCAGGUCAGCGUGGAUCAAGGCCAGACCUGCUGCAGGAGACGUGUUUAGCUGAGAUAUCUGCUCAAAAUGACAGAUGGUGGACUUUGUGAUCCAGAUGUGCCAGCUGAGGCUCUGGGUACAGCUGGCAACAACUGCCCCCCGUGUCAUUUCAUUGGUGAUACAAUGAUGGGAAAUUGCCAAAGAAAAAAACAGAUCAUAUGGAAACAGAAUCUUUGUAAACAGAAAGAUGAAGGCAAAAGGAAAAACCUCACCAAUCCCAUGGCUUAUUUUGAUCAUUCUCUGCUCAACAUGUUCCCUCUCCAUCCUCUGUGGUUCUACUCCUCUGCAUAUUGCAGAUGAAUGGUGUUUGCAGAGCAUGGGAGCUCCAGGAGAUGAACAAAUCCCAAUCCUUACUUGAGGGAUCUGUGCCUGACUCCCUGCACUGUGUGCAGUUUAUUUUAGUAGACAUGAACACGAUGCCAGGGUGGUGUUUAUGAGCAUGCACAGAGGCAUUCCAGAGGACUGGCACAUGAUGGGAGCCACCACUUCAGGGUACAUGCAGCAGCUGACUGCAGCAGCAGGCACAGUGACAGAGCAGAGCCAAGAAUGGGCUGGAGCUAACAAGUGCAAAUAAAUCCCUUUUCCGUGCUGCAGCCAGUGUGUAUGUUUGGUUUACACUCCGGUGAACUUCCGAAUGGGAUUUAUGGACAUACAAGGCUGUGACUUCCACAACUGGCACAGCACAAGAAGGCAACAAUUCUGCACUAAACUCUGAACCAGGGGUGCUUCAGCCUCAAGUGAGAGACCAACCACCUUUGUGAGAAGGUCUAAAAAAUUACAGGCCUAGAGAAAAGUCAUCUUCUGCCUCUGUAUUCCAACUAAGCGUAUGCACCAAAGUCAGCAUCUGGCUAGGGACAACAGAAUCAUCAAGUUUUUAUCAGUGGGCUUUAAAAUACUCUUUACACUUCAGAAGGUACAGAAAAUAAAAAAAACGCUGUAAAGAAAUGUAUUUUCUGAGUUGCCUGCACCCAUAUUAGUAAAAGGGCUUCUUAUGUAUUUAAUGCACUUUAUUUUUUGCCAACAAACCAGAUCUAGGUAUUUGGUAUUUUUGUACUGCUGCACAUUGGAAUAUAUCUGCAGCCAGAUACAUAGUGAAUAGUCUAAGAAAUGUAAGAAAAAUAAAAUUCCUGAAACUACCAGUGUUACUUUUAAAUUAAUAAAAAGAAAAACUUUCCAGUAGAAAA